UCUUCUGUGAACUUGUUAUUAUUGAAUCAACUGCAAGGAGCGAGAUGAUAGUGGUGACAUGGCCACUCAGCAGCUGUCGGCUCACUUCUGGACGUUAAGGGACGAUGUUAUCAUCCCGGACUGCGACCUUGGAGCCUUCAAAUACCAGCCGAAUAAAGAUGGAGAUCUGUUGUCAGGGCCCUACGGCCAGCUCAAGAGGAAUCUUUGCCAAAGCCGUGAUAAAGUGUCAACACCCAGUAACAAGCGCCCUGCACGUCUGAGGGAUAGUCUAAUAGAAUUUGAGGAUCUGCUAGCACACCAUGUAAUUGCUCAUGUGGGAUGGACUGUGCUGGACUUUGGACUGGGGCUGAUUGUGUUUAGCAAUGGAUUUAUUGUCCAUCUCACAGUGGAUCUCCACCAGACUGAUGUUAUUGAAAUUGUUAUUGACAAGAGUUUAGAAGGAAAACUUUUAGCUGAUAUUGUUGCUGUAUGUAGUUCACCAGAAUUGCUUGUAAUUGCUCAUGGAAUUCCCCAUCUGACCAUCAUCUCUGCCAACCAGCCCGUUUUUAAUACUGUUUGCCCGUCCCUCUUGAAUCAAUGCAACGUGACGGUCAAUAGCGUCCAGCUUCCUGGUCCGGGAACUCGGCGUCAAGAGAGAAAAAUCACGUUUGCUCCCAACCACAGUAGUAUCUGCGUCUGGUGGGAGAGAGAAGGCGGAGAAUUGUUCGCCUGGGCACCUGUUGUCCGGGCUGAAGAUCGAGCCAAUAUACUCAUCUAUUCCACCACGUCCGAAUUAAUUGCUUGCCACUAUACCGAGCACAACCCGUUCUCGGUGGAAUUCAACAAAGACAGUGCCCAACUGAGAGUGGUGGAGCUACUCUCUUCAGCUAAGGGCCGGUUGAGUGUUCAUUAUACCGUCUUCAAUGUGCAACAGCCUUUCAAGCCAAUUCAACGGAGACUUUUGAGGAUUCCCGCUCUUCCCAGGUGUCACGCCCACAGUCCAGACGAACAAAUCAUGUUGCUAGGCUGCGUCGAUGCCUCCAUCAUCACGUGGGAUGUAACCAAAGAUACCAUAACCACAAUCAAGUCUUCGUUUAUACCAUUUCACUUGUCCUGGCAUGGGGAAAGUGCCUUUUUCACGGUAUGCGGGGAGCGAGGACAGCUGCAGUGUUGGGACCGAGCACUGAAUCCGCUUUUGCUCCGACUUCAGCGCGGAACAGACGGGUCGCCCGUUUUGCAUUUGCAGCAAUAUCUUCGCCACCAACCUUCGGUUCUCGCCUUGAAAUGGGCCGCUUUGCCCCAUCACCUCAGCAAUCUUCGAGACUCUGCUGUGCAUAAUACCGCGGUACCGCAAAUCAGACUCAAGUCUAUGCGGAGCAUUCGCAAGAAAUCGCGUUCUCCCGGCGUUCGAGAUGCGGCCCAGUGUCGCAGCCACACGAGUAGAACGGCGGCUCAAUAUUUACUGGUCUGCUUCGAACGAGGUCCUAUCGUGUGUCUCCAAUUCCUGACCAGCUGCUGGCCCGGUAGCUGUUCCCUGGACUCGCUCUCCAUCUGCAGUGAAUAUCUUGUAUGGCAGCAAUUGGAAGCGGCCGCCCAGCACCUUUUGUCACUCAAGUGGACCAACGUGAGGAGCUUUUACGAGGAGGACGUUCUGCUGAGCUGUCUGGUUAAAGUAGUCAAUGGUCUGUUGCAUCAACCCAAUCCUGCGGCAGACAACCUCCUGGAACGAGUCAUCACCAACUUGCUAACCGCCGUGAGAGGAGACGACGCCCUUGCCGAACCCGUUUUCGACACGGCCAGGAGAUGUUGCCGGGCCAUGUUCCGUCGCGGCCGCCUCCAGUUGGCCGCCGUCUACGCUCUUAGGGUUCAGGAUCCUGAUUUGCUGGUCGAGUUAGUUAUCCACGCCCGUAAAGCCGGCGACGAGGCUCUGGUUUCCCAAGCGACAACCAUUUUGGAUUGCGUCCGGGACGGAUUCACUUCCACCAGUUCGUCGUCUUCCAGAUCAUCUCGAUCCUCAUCCUACACUUCGAGCAGCAGUAGCGACACGUCGGAAUCGUGUUCCACCUGCGACGAAAGCCAUUCAGCCAACAACGAUCAAUCAGUUCAAUUAUCGAACCUUAAUUUGGACGAUAAUAACGAAGAUCAAGUUCAUGUCAUAAGUUUCGGAGUAGUUUGAGCGGAGCCAGUAGAUGCCUGUGCCGUUAAGCCAUUUUCAUCCCAUAACGUACGGCCUGUACACAAGCAGAUUCUCUUGGUGUUCUCCAGGAUGCCGGCCGAGCGGGCGAUUAUUCCGCAUCCGAUUCUGUUGUGAGAUGUAAAUUCCAAUCGUGCUUUGUUCAUUGUUGCUGUGCUACCUCUAGGCAAUGAUAGUUUAUUUUACCUUUCGCCGGCGUUUCCGUCCACUUUCGACUCGGCGUUGGAUCCUCGGCCAAGAUCAUCUGCUUGGGCCGUCACAGCCAGUGAGCGUCCGAUUAUAUCGUGUACUUUGAUGUAUUUGUCGAUGAUUCUAAACGCGGCUCUUCCGCUUUCGUCUGACGUAAUGUUGCCCAAAUCUCCCAAGUGCUACUAAUUACAGUUGAAUAAAUUAUACUGAUGUUAA